CACUUGGUUUAACAUACUGAGAGAGAUAUAAGAAAGAAGUUGAGAACAAAAAAAUGGCUUCCAAGACUUUGAUACUGUUGGGUCUCUUUGCAAUUCUUCUCGUUGUCUCCGAAGUGUCUGCCGCAAGGGAGUCCGGCAUGGUGAAGCCGGAGAGUGAGGAAACAGUGCAACCUGAAGGUUAUGGCGGCCACGGCGGCCAUGGCGGUCAUGGAGGCCAUGGUGGCCACGGAGGUCAUGGACAUGGAGGAGGAGGCCAUGGACUUGACGGAUACCACGGAGGACAUGGUGGUCACGGAGGAGGAAGUUACGGAGGAGGUGGUUACGGAGGCGGAGGUUACGGAGGAGGUGGUCACGGAGGAGGAUACAACGGAGGAGGACACCACGGAGGAGGAGGCCACGGGCUUAAUGAACCUGUUCAGACGAAGCCCGGUGUUUAAAACUAUAUAAUGUAUUCACCACCAUGCAUGGUUGCACUUAUAUGUACACUUAUGUGUGUGUAUGACUUUAAAUAAACCAUGGUGAGUUUGUAAUGCAGUCCCAUCCCUUCAGUGAUGUUUGGAAUAAAGUUUCAUAAUAUCAGUAUAAUUUCUCUCUGCUUGA